CAAUGACGUAUCCCGAUCUGUUACCUUUGACCUUAUUUAGAAAAAAUGGCCGACAGAAUGAGAUAUUUGUUGUUUUUCGUCUGACAUUUGACAGAAUCCCGCGAUAGUUUUGUCUAGAUGAAGAGAUAUUUCAGCAGGAUGGGAGGGUGGGGUUCCAGACUAGUUCGCCGCUCUGCUGAGUACCUGUUCGGCUGGGAGCAGAAGGCGCUGCCGGCCGGGGAGCCCGGGACUCACGCCUGGGGGAGGGCGACGUCCGCCGCCGAGAGCAGCGCCCUGGCCACCCCGUUCGUCUUCCGCCGGAGAAGCUCGUUGUUUGUGGACCUGGAUGGAGAUGUGGCCCACGAGUUCUAUGAGGAAACUCACUACGUGUGCAAUGGACAGAAACGGGCAGGGAUGAGGAGGAUAUUUGAUGACCUCACGCCACUGGGCACAGUUGAGCUGGAGUUCCCCAGACUACAUGUGGACAUGCCGUUUGUCCUGUGUGAUUCCCUCACCUUCUCAUCAGUCAGAUAAAACCAACAGACUUCAACUUAACUUCCUCCAAGGAGUCAUCUUCUCUUCUGUCCAUCCAUCCUUCAGCCCAGGACGUGGCUGUAUGAGCUGCCUCAUGGUUUGAACUGCACAUGUACAAGGUCCAAUGUGAAGGCCCCUAACUUAAAGACAGUUCUUGUCUAGAUCAUGCUUGAUACCAUGUCAAGACAUGUUUGUUCAUGUCUCUGGGGCCCUCAACUUUGACGUAUUACCCAGACAUAUUACACAGUGCACAUGUACAGCAGUUCCAACCAUGAAACGACUUGUUGUUGGCACUGGGUUCUUCUAAGUACUAGUACAUACAUAACUUUGUCCAUGUGCAAUGACUGAAGAAUAGGUGACACAAGUAUUCCGAAAGACAAGGAACAAAAGAAUGCCAAGUCGAAUCAAUCUUAAUUCUCAACAUCAUUUAAUGUCUCAGUUUUCCCAAGGAUCAUCAUUGCAUCAAUGAUGGGUGAAGGUAAGGGCCAUCCUGUCCAGACAAAAUGAACAUGUCCCUAUGAAAAGGAUUGGAACUAGAAAGGUUACCCUUUGCAAAUGCAUAAUGUUUACCUUUGCAUAUGGUCUGCUCCGUUAAUUCUUACUCAAACACAUUCAUAUAUAUUUUGACAGGAGUCAAAAUACCUCCUGCUAUAUAAAACUGCAACAUGAUGUAACCCAACACUAGUUACCAUGGUGACAGACGUCUGGUUCAGGUCAUUGACCUUAUUGGUUAGGAGAAGAAGAGGAAACAGAGCAAAAACAAUAUGUUUUCCCUUGGUAAACAUAAUAAGGUCAAACCACAAAAUCACACCAGGAGGCGAGCAUGGUUUGCUAGCAAACAUGACAAGGUCUAGAGGUUGUGAAAACCCUACAGUCUCAAUUCACAGAUUACAGUCUACUGUUCCAAUGGUCAGAUUUUUAUGUACCGCAGUACCCAUGAAAAUGUUAACUAUGGUCCAAAGUAUGACUUGUAUUAUUGAAGUAAAGACGUAUGAAGUAUAAGAAAAGGAAAUACAAAUUUAUGUAUCAAUCUGCAGCUGGAAGUUUCCAGCUACAUCUAAAGAUGUGAAUAUUUAAUAAUUGUUUUCUGUGUUGUAGUAACCCAGUUAUUCAUUGAGAGUACUUAUUGAGCUUUAUAGUAGAUAGAAUAUUUCAAAAAGGAGUGAACUCCAUGUCAGUAGUUUAAAUUCUGCUUUGUAAAUAAAGCAGUAGAGUGGUAGAAUAAGGAUUGUCACAAGCAGACAAGCACGGGGCUGUUCACCUUGAACAUUUUCAAGCAGAUUAUGAUUAUAAAUAUCUUCAAUUUUUUGUCAUAUUUUGAUUUAUAUUGUACAUGUACAUGUAUGUCUCGUUAGUAGUGGGUUUUUUUUCUAGGGACACCUGUAAAAAAGCAAACUGAAGUCACUUCACAGCUAGAGUGUUAGACAUCUGUCCUGAUGGCUCAUCAGCACCAUCUAGCAGUUGAAUGGAGAACUGCAUAUACUGUUGCAGCAGUUGAAAUACUAGAAAAAGAAAUAAUGUAAUAAAUGUUAAAAAUUUAAGAUACUAUUUGUUUAGGCCACACCAAUUUAAUUUGUUGGUUCUCAGACAUUUUUUAUCAUUUGCAAAAAAAAAAAAUUCUGGUUCUGAAUCAACUCAACUAUGCUCGUAUUUUGCAAUCCCAACAGAAUAGUUGUCAAAAGUCCUUUUCUUCCCAGUUGUUACAGUUUUUCCAUCUAUCAAUGCAGUGGGGUUUUUUUUAUUAAAAGUUCAAAAGCCAUUGUUUAA